GAUUCGCGUAUGUACCAGGAUUUGGUGGAAACGGAGCGGAAGCUAGACUGGACGAUGAUGAGGAAGAAGGUCGAAGUCCAGGACGCGCUCGCAAGGAACCCUACCACGACGCGGACGUUGAGACUCUUCCUCAGUCAUACGGUUUCUGGGCAGCUGUGGCAGACUGGAGGUGGGGGAGCGGACGAGACCCCAUUGGCAAACUUUGAAACGGGAGAGGGGAUCCCAGCAUGGGCGUUUAAGAUUGAAGGAAGGGUGUUAGAGGUUCCAAAUCAAAGACACCGGGAUCGUUUUCCUCAGCGCAAAUUCUCUACCCUUAUAAAACGCAUGGUCGUCGAGCUUGACCGGGAUCCAACGCUAUACCCAGAUGGUAACAUUGUCGAGUGGCCCAGAGCUCCUGGAGCGCACAAUCCUGCCAUGGACGGUUUCACGAUAAGACGGACAGGGGACCAGCCAACCAAGAUUCGCGUAGUGAUGUAUCUGGAGCAUUUUCCAGAACAGUACAAGGUAGUGCCAGAGUUGGGUAACAUUUUGGGGAUUAAGGAAGAUAGCAGAAUAGGUGUUAUCCAGACGUUCUGGAAUUAUAUCAAGCUUCAAGGUUUACAAGAUAAGGUGGAUAGGAGACUGGUUCGAGCGGACGACAAGCUUCGACAGAUAUUCGGCACAGAUACCAUACCUUUCCAAAAGAUCCCAGACCUUGUUAAUCGCUACCUAGUUGCUCCUGACCCCGUCGUCCUGCAUUACAUGGUAAAUCCAUCAUUACCGCCCCCAGACCGGCCGUCAGCAUACGACGUUGAAGUGAAGAUGGAGGACACGGCGUUGAGGAGCCGGAUGGCCGUUAUGGUGCAAUCGAAUAAGGAGAGUUCACAGGCUCUGUCGAAAUUGGAUGAGGAGUGCGCCAUGCUAGCUCAGUCGUUGCAUAAUUCACACAUCAAGCGGACAUUCCUUCAAUCUUUUGCGCAGGACCCAGCGCUGUUCAUUCAGACGUGGCUGGAAUCUCAGUCGCGAGAUUUGGAGAACAUAAUUGGCAGUGGGCCAACAGAAGGACUGACGGUCAGGCAGGAAGAACUCAAGAGGAGCGAGUUCUUCCAACUGCCGUGGGUGGAGGAGGCUGUUGCCAUUCAGGAGGGUAUGCGAUUGGCUGCAAAGGGCAUGGCAUGAGUGCCUCGUACCUAUCAUGUGAACACUGUUUCUGUUUUUUACAAUAGCACUCGGCGCUAUAGUACUUAUGAACAAAAACACGUCUGCUAUACGUCUGCUACGGUGUUCUUUCCCAGCGUAUACGCAUUCAAAGUAAGCUCGAUUGGCUUGAGGUUUGUUUUAUGUUUUUUCGAGGAAAGGGAGCUCCCUCGCCGCUGCCUAGCGACCCUUCAUCAUCUUCCUCCUCGCCUCCUGCUGCCAGUACCUCUACCUCUACCUCUACCAUUACCUCCACCCCUCAAAGUACUUCUGGAAACCCUUCAGCAUCAUUACCAACCCCCACCCCAUCUUCUCCCAAUCCAUUCAUUCAACAACCCCCAACGCACGUCCAAUCCCCCACUCUCACCCACCACCUUAACAUGAACAAGCAUAACCAUGCCCACACCAGUAUUUAUCCGCCCCGGCCUCGUUACGCGGUCAUUAGGGUCCGCGUUGGCCCGGUCCUCCUCUGCUUGGCUCGCCCGCGGGCCAGCAAGAGGGUCUACGACCUCUUCGUCGAAUCUGGCAGCUGGAUCGCCGAACCGUACGCCCCCUGGCGAGCUCUUCGCCGCCGUUGGAGGCAAUUGAUUUGCGAGGGUUCAGUCGCCUGUGCAGAGGGUUCCGUCGCCUGUUCCUAUUCAUAGGGUACAGUCGCCCGCGUCCGUGCAGAGGGUACCGUCGCCUCUCCAACUGCCUGUGCAGAUUCAGCCACCCAUGGCGGUUCAGGUCCCAUCUCCUAUGCAAGGCCUGGACAUGCCCCUUCCGUUUGAUGGCGGGUAUCACGCUGUUGAGAAUUAUCAGCAGCAUCAGCAUGGGGAGGGGUUGUUUACGUCGGCGAUCAACAGAUGGGGCAAUCGGUGCAGAUGGGGGAGCGACAGUCGAUGGGCCAGCAGCAGCGGGAAAUGGAGGGUUAUCAACGGGAGUAUCAACAACAGCAGCAGCAGCAGCAGGGGCAACAAUACCAGCAGCAACAGAUACAGCUGCCGCUCCGUGAGCUCCCGCAGGUGCAGCUUCACACGCAAGUUCAGUUGCACGAGGUCUCACAGCAGUUGCACAAGCACCCGCACCACGAACAUCAGCAAGUCCAGCUACACGAAAACCCACAACCCCCUUUUCUUUUUUCCCCCAGCUCACAACGGUACCUCUCAGCGCAU